GCUGGCCUUUCGUUCAAAAGAAUGGAGCUGCGACUGUCGAUGAUUCUGCUCGCCUUUUGCAGCCAUUUCGGCUUUGUUUUUUUUCCGCUGCACUUUGUACAGACGCGCUAUGCAGACGUCUUUGAAGAUGUUUUGGACAUCUGGCUUUGUAGGCAAACCACAAUGCCAGUGUCAGUGCGCCCCCCUUAUGCAGCAAAUGGAGGCUCGCCUCGACGAGAAGCUGGGCCUUGUGCAGGAGCAACUUUCAAAACUCACCGCAAUGAUGAAGGAAGUGGCUUCCCAAGUCGCUUCCCAAACUGCAGGAGUUGUGAAGGAUGAAAUCCCAGCCACAGUGCCAGAUGACGACGCUGACGAGGAGGAAAUUCUACGAGCACAUGAUGACUUUGGGGAUCCCAAUGCAGGGCCACCAUCUGGACAGACCCUUGGAGAUCUUGGAGCCGUGAAGGAGCAGGUAGGGAAUAUCGACAUAUCAGACGACGAGUCCCCCGACCCAGAGCAGCGAGAGAUUGCCGAAAGAGUGUUGGAGGAGGUCUCCAUUGGAAAGGAGUGGGACACGCAGGCGUCCCAAGACCGAUUGCUCCUCCCAGAGAACCGAGUUGAGAUGGGCGCACGUUUUGCCCGAAGCCAAAUGGCGCUCUUAUCUGGGGCGACAGCAGCGACAGCGCUUGGUUCGUUGCAACCACCAACUUCCAGCGCCAAACUUCUGGAGCUCAUUCACAAGGAGUUGCAGCAAAUCCCUGAGGACCAGCUUCGCACCUCUAGCCGCAAGAAUGUGCGGCUAGAUGGAGAGAAGGUGACGCUGCAGAUGGCUUUGGGCUUGGUGACUUCAGGUCACUGGCGCCAUAUCCCAAUGGCCGGCAAGGAGACGUAUCAACACUUGCGGCUACAGCAGCUCAUCUUUGCGUAUGUGCAGGUGCGUGCCCGGGAACAGGGCAUUGAUCUCACUGGCUUUACUUAUACUUCUAUCCAGAUCACCAAGAACCUACGGACAAAGCGUCACAAAGACAAGAAGAACACCGGGUUCAGCUUGAUCUUCACCCUUGGUGACCAUACCGGAGGGGAGCUCUUCAUCGAAGAUGAGCAGGGCUCAGAGGAAAUUCACGUGGUCCGAAACCAGCUGGUGAAGUUUGAUGGCAGCCGCCAUUGGCACGGGACCAAAGAGUUCCGAGGCACUCGCUAUGCAGUGGUUCUUUAUAGCAUGGGCACAGCUUCCUAUGAAGAGACCCCUGCGCUGAUGCGAGCGUUUUUGACAGAGCUGGGAUACCAAUUACCAGCAGCUACCUUUAAGGAGGCCAUCGCACCUGAACUCGAAGAACUUGCCAGAAAAGCUGCACGUGGAGAGAAGGUGCCAGAUGAAGCUGGUCGACACCAGCCACCAAAAGGCAAACGAAAAGCUGAUGCAAUGAUCAAUGCGCCGGACGCAAAAAGCGGUCCCUCAAAAAGACCGGCGAAGUCUUCUGAGGAACCAGCCGCAGCCAGUGAAGCUGCGCCAGAGGCUGAAGCACCAUGGUCGGAUGAGGAAGUGACUUUACUUCGCCGCAUGAAAGAUCCGGCGAAGCGCUGGAGUUGGCCAGCGAUCGCGAAACGACUCAAUCGUAGUGAGACGAGCGUCAGACUGAAGUGGUCGAACUUGAAAGGCGGUGAAGAUCUUGACCUUGGCUCCGAGAAACAAAACCUCUCGUGGGACGUGAUCAGGGCUUGCAAGGACGCCGAAGUACCCAAGGAGUCUGGACCUUUGAUCCGCGGGUAUGCACACCUCGGACAGAUGUCGGGGGACCGUGGAUGGGUGAAUGUGUGUGGCUGUGAUGCGGCCUCACCGCCAGUUGAAGAGCCGAAAGAAGAAGGCAAAGACUUUUGGAUGCAAGAGUUGCAGGUGAAGAGUGAGAACUUGGGGAGUUCCCUUUUCGAGCCCGAGGUGUUGCGCUUCAUGUCGCAAACCAGCCAGCUCUUCCGGGUCAUCUUCAAAGCCUAUGCGGAUAUACCUUUGGCCACUGGCCAGGGGCACAUGUCUUUGUCUGCUUUGGUCCGCUUCGCCGCUGACUUCGGGCUUUUUCCCCACAAGGUGGAUUUUAAGACCAUCCAGUGGCUGUACAACGCGGAAUCACAAGCACCUCAGGCUGCUGAGCCCAGAACCAACAGUGUCAUCAUGGCUCCGCGCAAGACACGAAAGAAGACGAUGGUCAACUCGGAAGAAGGCCUCCUUUACCACCACAAGUGGUUGAAGCCACACCUGGCGUGGAUGAGCAAGGAGCCUGCCAGCAUGACUGAAGCCGAAACGCGGAGUUGCUUGAUUUUGACGGCCAUUGACGAUUGGCUUGAAAGCCACAAUCUGAAGGUAAAGGAGAUGUUUGCGAACACCGACACUGCGAACACGAGCACCUUCACACUGCAGGACUUGCAAUUGGUGGUGGACUUCAUGGAUUUUGAGGAUCCUCCCACCAGUGGCGACCUUCAAGCUUUGAUAGGUCUUUUGGUUUUCCGUCAAGGCAGCACAGCCAUCGACUUUCCAACGCUGGAGAUGGCAAGAGUGGCAGCCCGCCUUGCCAAAGAAAGCCGCAGCAGGGCCAGGAACUGCUUUCUGAAAGACUUGGCAAAGAUGAGCAAACUCGAGUCGAGCGCAUAUCUCUUCUUCACAGAAUUGGCUGCACGUUUGGAGUUGAGUGGCUUGGCUCCAGGGUCCUUUUACAGGAUGCUGGACGUGGAUCACACAGGCCUUGUUUCUGUUGGGGUCGUCGUUCGACAGGCACGAUCGCUUCAACAAGCAGAACCUGGGUUGUCCAGUUCUAGGACCGCUGCAAUGGCAAUCGACAAUCCUUUCACUUUCAUUGGCAAGACCGUGGACGAUGAUGUGACGGAGGAGGAGUUUGUAGACUUGCUGGAGGAGAUCCGGGAAGCUAGCAGGCUGAGGGAGGCGAGCUUUGAGCAGAAGCAUCCUUUGUUUAUCUCUUCCGGCACUGUGCAGCCUGCGAAUUCCAAAGAGUCGCCCUUUGGUGCUGAAGCCUUUGUGAAGGUUGUGAUGAAGAUUGGCCUGAUGUAUUUGACCUACUAUGGGAAUGAACCUCAGGCGCAGCUGUCCUCAUUUCACAAGCUUCUAUGGCUCUUUAUUUACAUGCACUGGUACUUCGACAGUUCGCGCCAAAAAGCUGAAGAGCUUCUAAGGCAGUCCGGCUUGGAGAGGCCUCGCUCCAAGAGGCCAAGCAGGGGCAGUAGUGGUGAUCUCGGACGGCGAUACCCCAAACAUCUGCCAGCCAUGCGCCAGCUGUUGGUCAGACAUCCCACCAUUUUCAUGGAGGUGGAACAGGUGGAGCUCCCGGGGUGGGCCUCUCCGCAAAGAACGGCUGAUGCUAUUCUCGCAGCUGCAUUUCGCGAUGUUCCCAAGCAAGGUGGCUCUCCCGAGGAUGGCUGGAGAGUUGAGGGUGUUGAGGGGGACGAGGAUGAUGCUGGAGCAAGUUUAGGUCCCAUUGAAGAGGAUCCUCAGCCAGUCAUACAAGGUCCGACAACUUUGGAGCGGACUUUGUUGGUAACAGCCUUUCAUGCACACGACCUCGCAACUCAUUGCGCUCAUGCAAGCUCUUGGAAGCUGACAGAAAACAUAAGGCCGAAUCCAUGA